GUCGAAAUAUAAUGUUACAGCGAUUGAGCUAAAACUGUUGAGAAUAAUGUGGACCUAAUCGUUUCCAAAGGAGAUGCAAGUGAAAUUAUGCGCCGUCUUGAUAUUCUAUCCAUUUGUUUUCUCAUGACAUUGUUCUGCUACAUGACGGCAGGUAUGGAAGAUUUGGAAUUUAUGGAAAGUACUGAGGCAAUUGUCAUUAACAAUAGGAAUAACAAGGAAACAAAGCUACUUAAGGAGCUGAUGGGAAGUCCAGUUGGUGAUGCUUACAAAGCUGCAGCGAUUACUAAUGGUAUCUCCAAUAGAAGCAAAAUCAGAAUCAAUUGUCACCAUUUAUCACCAGGAACAUCUAGUAAAAGAAAAACCUUGUUAAUGGCGAUAUGUCCUCAGCUAAGGAAAGAGCAAUACAAUAAACAUGCUAAAAAAGUGGCAAAAAUUUUGAAAAAUCAAGCAAUGAGUGACAAAUCAUUGGAAGAACAAAAAAAAGAUUUUUUAAAUGCUGUUACUGAAAUGGCAAGGGCUGCUGGACAUCUUCCAACGCUGGAACUUCAUUAGAUGAAAAUGCUUGAUGUCCCUCACGUAUUUUAUAAUUUUUAUAACAUUUGUAGAUAAGGACUAUGUUUUUUACAUGCAUUUCACAUGAACACGUGAUGAAUAACAUUGUUGAAAAAAUAUAUACCGUCAGAUA